CUUCCCGCCACAACCCCGUUUCACACGCGUUACACCCUCCACACAUGCCACACCUUCCCCUUCACUGUUUUCAGAUUCCCAAACUGCUAAGCAAACAAAUCACCCAAGAGGAAACCCAACUUCAAGAUUUCCUAAUUUCUUAUUUCACGUUUCUCGAUUACAAGCCAAAAUCGCUUCAUGUGAUUUGAUUUUGGAUCGAGAAGUUACUGGAAGGUGUAAAUUUUGGGAGAUUGUUGAAGUUGUCCGUAGUCGCUGGCAAUGGAGGCGAUACUGGCACGAGCCCUCGAGUACACGCUCAAGUAUUGGCUCAAAUCCUUCUCUAGAGAUCAGUUAAAGCUUCAAGGACGUGUCGUACAACUAUCCAAUUUAGAUAUAAAUGGAGAUGCCUUGCAUGCCAGCAUGGGAUUGCCACCGGCCUUGAAUGUAACAAAGGCAAAAGUGGGCAAAUUUGAGAUAAUUCUCCCAUAUAUUAGUAAUGUACAAGUAGAACCAAUUGUUAUACAAAUUGAUAAGCUCGAUUUGGUUCUGGAGGAGAAUCGUGAUUUGGAUGCAUGUGGCAGCUCUAACAGCAUCCAGUCAUCUGCUGGCUCCAGUAAGGCUAGCGGCUAUGGAUUUGCUGACAAGAUUGCAGAUGGAAUGACAAUUCAGGUUAGCACAGUCAAUCUUCUACUUGAAACGCGUGGGGGUGUUCGACGCAAGGGUGGUGCUGCCUGGGCAGCACCUCUAGCAUCUAUCACGAUACGCAACCUUUUAUUGUGUACCACAAACGAAAAUUGGCAGGUUGUAAAUCUAAAGGAAGCACGUGAAUUCUCCAAUAACAAAGGGUUUAUAUAUGUGUUCAAGAAACUUGAAUGGGAGUCUUUAUCUAUUGAUCUCCUGCCUCAUCCUGAUAUGUUUGCCGAUGCCAGUUUAGCACGUUCUCAAGGGGGUUCAACUCAAAGAGAUGAUGAUGGUGCGAAGCGAGUUUUCUUUGGUGGAGAACGGUUUUUGGAAGGAAUAUCAGGAGAGGCUCAUAUCACAGUACAGAGGACUGAACAAAACAGUCCCCUUGGGCUGGAGGUUCAACUACAUAUUACAGAAGCUGUCUGUCCUGCAUUAAGUGAACCAGGACUCCGAGCUCUUCUCCGCUUUCUGACUGGAUUAUAUGUGUGUCUUAAUAGGGGGGAUGUGGAUUUGAAGGCUCAGCAGCGAUCUACAGAAGCAGCAGGACGUUCAUUAGUCUCUAUUCUUGUAGAUCAUAUAUUUUUAUGCAUUAAGGAUGCAGAGUUCCAGCUUGAGCUCUUGAUGCAGUCACUUCUCUUUUCUCGGGCAACAGUUUCUGAUGGAGAAAUUGCUAAUAACUUGACUAAAGUUAUGAUUGGUGGACUGUUCUUAAGGGACACCUUUUCACGCCCUCCAUGUACUUUGGUGCAGCCAUCCAUGGAGGCUGUCAUAGAAAAUGAUGUGCAGAUUCCUGCCUUUGCUAAGAAUUUUUGCCCUCCUAUAUAUCCUCUGGGAGACCUGCAGUGGCAUCUAAGUGUAGGUGUUCCCUUGAUAUGCCUUCAUUCCCUUCAGGUCAAGCCUUCUCCAGUCCCGCCAUCUUUUGCUUCAGAAACGGUUAUUGCUUGCCAGCCUCUUAUGAUUCACGUCCAGGAAGAAUCAUGUUUACGGAUAUCUUCCUUCUUAGCUGAUGGAAUUGUUGUUAGUCGUGGAGAUGUUUUACCUGAUUUUUCAUUAAAUUCCUUAACGUUCAUUAUCAAGGAAUUAGAUGUCACUGUUCCUCUGGACAUGAGUAAAUUGGAUAAUCCAACUGCCAGCAAGAAUUCUUUUGCCCAGAAUUCCUUUACUGGAGCAAGGCUUCACAUUGAAAACUUGUUUUUCUCAGAGUCACCUUCCCUAAAACUCAGGCUGCUAAACCUGGAGAAGGAUCCUGCUUGCUUCUGUCUGUGGCAGGGUCAGCCUAUUGAUGCAAGCCAGAAGAAAUGGACUGCUGGAGCAUCACAUCUUGGUUUGUCUCUGGAAACAUCUGCCAGAUCUACUGGGCAAUUGAAUUCUCAUGUGUUGGCUUCAGGCUUGUGGAGGUGUGUUGAACUAAAAGAUGCUUCUAUUGAGGCAGCCAUGGUAACUGCUGAUGGAAGUCCAUUAACAAAUGUUCCUCCUCCUGGAGGUGUUGUCAGAGUGGGUGUUGCUUGUCAACAGUAUUUGUCCAACACUUCUGUUGAGCAGUUAUUUUUUGUCUUGGAUCUAUAUGCUUACUUUGGCAGAGUUGGUGAAAAGAUUGCCUCAGUUGGCAGAAGUAGGAGACCAAAGAGAAUUGGGAAUGAAUCUUCAGGUGGUAGGCUAAUGGAUGAGGUUCCUUGUGAUACUGCAGUAAGCCUCGCAGUGAAGGGACUUCAGCUUAGAUUUCUAGAGUCUUCCUCCAUAGAUAUUGAGGGAAGGCCUCUGGUUCAAUUUAUUGGAGAAGAUCUUUUCUUCAAAGUUGCCCAUAGAACCCUUGGUGGCGCUAUUGCUGUGUCAUCCACUUUACAAUGGCAAACUGUUGAGGUUGACUGUGUAGAGACAGAGGGAAGUUUGGUUCAUGAAAAUGGCACAAUUUUAACUUCUGUUGAUAAUGGCUGUGUGGUGUCUACAGAUGGCUGUCCUCAACUAAGAGCUGUCUUUUGGGUGCAUGACCAGAGGAAACAUCAACGAAAUGGUAUUGCGCAGGCAAUUCCAUUCCUGGAUGUUAACAUAGUACAUGUGAUUCCAUUCAGUGAACGUGAUAAAGAGUGCCAUAGCUUAAGCGUGUCAGCCUGUAUUUCUGGUAUUCGCCUUGGUGGUGGAAUGAACUAUGCUGAAACUCUGUUGCAUCGAUUUGGAAUACUGGGGCCUGAUGGUGGUCCUGGAGAAGGGCUUUCUAAAGGAUUAAAGAAUUUAUCAACAGGACCACUAUCAAAACUUUUCAAAACAUCUUCUCUCUCAGUUGAUGAUUUAGGAGAAGAUAAGAGUUCAGAAAAUGGGGAAGAUGGUGGAUUUUUGAACUUGGAAAUGCCAGAUGAUGUGGAUGUGUGUAUAGAAUUGAAAGAUUGGUUGUUUGCGCUUGAGGGUGCACAAGAGAUGGCAGAAAGGUGGCGGUUUUCUGAUCAUGAACAUGUGGGCAGAGAAGUGAGUUGCUGGCAUACAACUUUCCAAAGUUUGUUAGUAAAAGCAAAAAAAACCAUUCCAAGGCAAGAACUGAAUGGAAAAGGGAAAUCACAUGAAAGACAGAAAUAUCCUGUGGAAUUGGUGAUAGUUGGUGUGAAAGGCUUGCAGAUCUUGAAGCCACUUGGACAAAAGGGCAUUUCUGUGUCUGAGAAUGGGAUAAAACAAGUUAUUGAGACUGGAGGGAUAAAUCUUGAAGCUCACAUGGUGAUGUCAGGGGAAAAUGUUGAUGAUGACAUGCCCACGUGGAUAGUGGAAAACUUGAAAUUCUCUGUUAACCAACCGAUUGAAGCUGUUGUGACCAAAGAUGAGCUCCAGCACCUUGCUCUGCUGUGCAAGUCUGAAGUUGAUGCAAUGGGUCGGAUAGCUGCUGGGGUCCUGAAGCUACUCAAAUUGGAGCGUUCCAUUGGCCAGGCAACCAUAUACCAACUCAGCAACCUUGUUGGCGAACCACAGAUUGAGUCAAGUGUCGGUGUUGGGAGUCUGAUAUGCUGGAUGAGGACUGUUGACUAAUGUAACUAAAUGAACUGAAAAUAUAUGCAUAGAGCAAACAAAAUGUGAGCAUUAACAAGGUCAUGGCAAACUAACUAAAUAUACAGAAACAGAGUGAAAAAUGAUAAAUUGACAAUGGUAAACCGGUUGUGGAAUUGAUAAAUUAUGAUUCAUGGGUACAACAACUUGCUUCAUAGUGUGUGCUUAGAUGGUUUCACGUAUAAUCAAUGCUUUCAUGAAAUAUUGCUGAAAGCAAAGUAUUUUACCUUGGAUUAAUCAAAUCAGAGAGUUGUCAAGUGCAUUCUGUGUUUAGGAAAAUUGUUAGGUCUCCUAUAAAGAAAACUGGUUGGUUCUGUUAAGAAAUGGACACAAUAUAGAAUUGUCUGAAAUUGUUUCAGACUUCUUAAAGGUAUGGUCAAAUAUUUUACCACUUGUCUGAAAUGGACAUGUGAAGCGUUGACAUACGGAGGGUCCAGUUAAACAAGUAGAGCACAUUAGGUUAGAGGAUAAAAAAAAAAGAAGGGGUAGACCUAAACUAACUUGGAGGAGAGUAGUACAACGUGGCCUAGAAAUAUUACACAUUCCCGAGGAUUUAAUCCAAAAUCAUUUAGAGUGGAGAAAGAGAAUCUAUAUAGCCAAUCCCAAAUUUUUAGAAUAAAUGCUUA